GUGUCCCUGCAGGAGGAUGCUCGUGACCUGGAUGCCUAUACAUUAGCCAAAUCUUACUUUGAUCUAAAGGAAUAUGACAGGGCUGCCUAUUUUCUGCGGGGCUGCAAGAGUCAGAAAGCUUACUUCUUGUAUAUGUACUCUAGAUACCUGUCAGGGGAAAAGAAGAAGGAUGAUGAGACAGUGGAUAGUUUGGGACCUCUGGAAAAAGGACAGGUGAAAAAUGAAGCUCUACGAGAACUGAGAGUUGAGCUCAGCAAGAAACACAAGGCACGGGAACUGGAUGGAUUUGGCCUUUAUCUGUAUGGUGUUGUGCUGCGGAAGCUGGACCUGGUGAAAGAAGCAAUAGAUGUGUUCGUUGAAGCUGCCCAUGUCUUACCUUUGCACUGGGGAGCCUGGCUGGAACUUUGCAACUUGAUUACAGACAAAGAAAUGUUGAAGUUCCUGUCCUUGCCAGAUACAUGGAUGAAAGAGUUCUUUCUUGCACACAUUUAUACAGAGCUGCAGCUGAUAGAGGAGGCUCUGCAGAAGUAUCAGAGCCUCAUUGAUGCAGGAUUUUCCAAAAGCACUUAUAUCAUCUCUCAGAUUGCAGUUGCCUACCACAACAUCCGAGAUAUUGACAAAGCUUUAUCCAUCUUUAACGAGCUGAGGAAACAAGAUCCUUACAGGAUAGAAAACAUGGACACUUUCUCCAACUUGCUGUACGUGAGGAGCAUGAAGCCUGAGUUGAGCUACCUGGCUCACAAUCUGUGUGAGAUAGACAAGUACCGUGUUGAGACCUGCUGUGUGAUUGGGAAUUAUUACAGCUUGCGUUCCCAGCAUGAAAAAGCAGCGCUCUAUUUCCAGAGGGCCUUGAAACUGAACCCUCGUUAUCUGGGAGCCUGGACACUUAUGGGACACGAGUAUAUGGAAAUGAAGAACACAUCUGCAGCUAUCCAGGCUUACAGGCAUGCAAUAGAGGUGAACAAAAGGGACUACAGAGCAUGGUAUGGUUUGGGGCAAACCUAUGAAAUCCUCAAAAUGCCAUUUUACUGUCUCUAUUACUACCGACGGGCCCACCAGCUCAGACCCAAUGACUCUCGUAUGCUGGUUGCUCUCGGGGAGUGCUAUGAGAAACUCAAUCAGCUGGUGGAAGCUAAAAAGUGCUACUGGAGAGCUUAUGCUGUGGGAGAUGUGGAGAAGAUGGCACUGGUGAAACUAGCAAAGUUGCACGAACAGCUGAAUGAGUCUGAACAGGCGGCUCAGUGCUACAUCAAAUACAUCCAGGAUAUCUAUUCCUGUGGGGAGAUAGUGGAGCACCUGGAGGUCAGCACUGCCUUCCGUUACCUGGCCCAGUACUACUUCAAGUGCAAGCUCUGGGACGAAGCCUCAGCCUGUGCUCAGAAGUGCUGCGCAUUCAAUGACACCAGAGAAGAAGGAAAGGCCUUGCUGCGGCAGAUAUUACAGCUUCGCAACCAAGGAGAAACAUCGUCCACCGAUAUCGCUGCCCCCUUCUUCCUGCCCGCGUCACUGUCAGCCAACAACACUCCCACACGUCGGGUGUCCCCACUCAACCUCUCUUCUGUAACACCAUGAACAAUGCUGCUCCUCCCAACCCACGCGGGGUCUGUGGCACAGCUGAUGGGGCUCGUAACUGCUCAUCUCUGUCCAGUUACAUUUCUGCCUUCCCUGUUGCCUUGGCGUGGAGGACAGGAGCUGCUGGAGCCCAGGGCUGAGGGUGGAUGUGCCCUGGCAGGCAGAGGUGCAGCCUGUGCCGGGGUGUGAGCACCUGCUGUGCCUCCCCCAGGAGGUCGCAGGCCGAGGGCAGACACGUUCUGUGCACUGGGCUCCUCAAGCUGGGGGACAGGAAGGGCUUCUCUGUUGAGUGGAAAUGUAUUUGAAGUUUGAUUCUGCCCCAUUACCGCUGGUCUUUACUGAACUUCUUUGGAUGAACUCUCGCGGUAUCGUUGCUGUCCACCCAGAGCCGCUACCUGCCUGGCUACUUAAGGACUUGUGCUCAUCCUGAGCUGCACAGGAGCUGCCUUAGGCAGUGGGUCCAGGCACUUGGCUGUGGGUGCCACGUCUGUGCUGUGGGACUGAGGAGUGCUAGAGGAAUCCCAGGUACCCGCAGGUGGCAGCUGUUUACCCUUCAGUCUGUGGCUCUGGCAGGUACUUUAGCAGCCGGUGGGAUGGCACAAUUAAAAAAACAAUGGUUAA